UUCACUUCGAUAGCUCUGCGAGUCUGCACGUGAAUUUUCCCUGAGCUCUCCGGCUGUCUGUCGAAAUUCUGAGACAAGAAGAAAACGCAGCAGCAGCAAGAAAGCUAAAAUCUCUCAAUCGGAAUCGAGAAGUCGAGAAAUCGGAAACGGAAACAACACACACACACACAAAAACACACGCUCUGAAUUUCUGAAUUCUUCCCAAAAAAUAAAAGAAGAAUCUCUGCCCCAAAACACACGCGUCUUCUGUGACACAUUUUUAAGCUAAACAAAAUAAUAGCGAAAAUCGAAAAAAAUCGAAACCCAAAAAAUAUAUAAAGUGCCAAGUGUUCCAAAAAGUGUUUGCUAAAAAUCUAAAUGAAAGAAAAUACAAUAAAUAUAAUUCAAAAUAAAAUAAACGUGUAACCCAAAAAAUAAGAAACAAAGUUUUCCCGACGGGAAAAAAGCCAAGAAAAAUUUCAAAUACAAGAAAACUUGUUGAGCGCCAAGGAGAGGCCAAGGAGGAGGAUAUAGGAUAGGACCAAGAGGAGCCUAACCGAGAUUUGGAAACAUUUUUUCGCCUGCCACGUUGUACGUAAAAGACGUCAAGACGGUUGCCUCACGGUUCGAGUGGAAUGAGCAUAGGGACCCCGGUCUUCCUUUCGAUCGAUCGGUGUACAAAGUCGUUAAACUGAGCCCCAACUUGGAGCCCUACCCCGCCAGCGUGGAGGGCCUGAACAGCCCCAGAGCGGUGGGGAUGGCCGCGACCUCGUACAUGACCCCGCCCAGCGGUGAUCUGGACAUGGCCCUCGGCGGCGGCGGCGGCGGUGGCGGUGGCUAUCACACCUCCUCGCCCCGUUCCGCCGCGGAUGCCGGUGAGAUGAAGUACAUGCAGCACCAUCAUCAUCAUCAUUCCGCCGUCGCCGCAGCAGCAGCCGCACAUCAUCAGUUGCCCUCGUCGCCGUCGCCCAAUGGUCAGGGCAAUGGCACUGGCCUGGGCUUGGGUCCCGGCUCGGGACUGGGUUCUUGGAGCACACUGCAUCCGGAUCCCUGGUCACUGCCCACGCAUCAUACGCACCAUCAUCCCGCUGCUGCCGCCGCUGCCGUUGCCUCGGCGGCGGACACAGUGAAGCAGGAGAUGUCACAUCUCUCCCAGCAGACGAGGAUUCAGCAGGGCAUGGCCUCGCCCUCGCCGCAUGCCGCCUGGCAUGCUCCACAUGCCGGUCACUAUGCACCAAGCGGAUCGCCGCUGGGCUAUCAUCAUGCGAUGAACGGGAUGCUCCAUCACCCGGCCCAUGCGGCUGCAGCGGCACAUCACCAGAGUGUGGCGCCGCUGCAUCAUGCUCUCAGAGGCGGGGAGUCCCCGCAGCUGCACAUCCACGCCCAUCACAUGGGCGGUGGCGGCGACAGGGAUGCCAUCAGUGGCGGCGAGGAGGACACACCGACAUCCGACGAUCUGGAAGCCUUUGCCAAGCAGUUCAAGCAGCGACGCAUCAAGCUCGGCUUCACCCAGGCGGAUGUGGGUCUGGCUCUGGGAACCCUUUACGGCAAUGUCUUCUCCCAGACCACGAUCUGCCGGUUCGAGGCACUGCAGCUGAGCUUCAAGAACAUGUGCAAGCUGAAGCCGCUGCUGCAAAAGUGGCUGGAGGAGGCGGACUCCACCACCGGAUCACCGACGUCCAUUGACAAGAUCGCGGCGCAGGGCAGGAAACGCAAGAAACGCACCAGCAUCGAGGUGAGCGUGAAGGGGGCGCUGGAGCAGCACUUCCACAAGCAGCCCAAGCCCUCGGCCCAGGAGAUCUCCUCGCUGGCGGACUCGCUGCAGCUGGAGAAGGAGGUGGUCCGUGUGUGGUUCUGCAAUCGGCGGCAGAAGGAGAAGCGCAUGACGCCGCCAAAUACACUCGGUGGCGACAUGAUGGACGGCAUGCCGCCGGGACAUAUGCAUCAUGGAGGCUACCAUCCGCACCAUGACAUGCACGGCAGCCCCAUGGGCACCCACUCGCACUCGCACAGCCCGCCGAUGUUGAGCCCACAGAAUAUGCAGUCCUCGUCGGUGGUCUCGGCGCAUCAGUUGGCGGCCCACUAGCAAUCAGAAAUCCAGGAGUCGAACUCAGCUGCAGCUGCGUCCACUCCUGCAUCCCUCAAUAGCCUAAGCCAGCAGCAGCAGCAGCAACAGCAGCAGCAACAACAGCAGCAACAGCAGCAGCAGCAGCAGCAACACCUGCAACAGCAGCAGCAACAUACACCCAACACACCUUCCUCGAGUGCGGGAUCGUCGGCAACGAUGACCAGCCAGGUGAUGUCGCCGCAGAGUCCGCUGGGCAGCUCUUCCGCUGGCAACAACAACAACAACAAUAGUAGCACCAACAAUAACAAUAAUAAUAACAACAAUAACAACAACACGAACAACAACAACGAGGAGCAAGUGAAGCACCACCAGCAACAGCAACAACAACAACAGCAGGCCUCCACCAUUGCAGCCGCUGCAGCAGCCGCCAUGUACAUGGAUCCCAUGCGCUACCAGCAUCCACAUCACCCUCACCCGCAUCCGCACCAGCAUCCGCAUCUGAAUCCCGCCCACCAUCCGCACCUGUUCCAUACCAGCGAUCAGCUGCAGCAGCAUCCCCAGCAACAGCAGACGCCCGGCAACGGCAACGGCGGCGGCGGUGGCAGCAACUCCCAAUUGUCGCCGGGAGCUGGGAGCAAUAGUGGUCUGCCCCUUCAGCCGCCCAGCUCGGCAUCGCCAGCGGGCUCGGCCUCCAGUGUCCUGGGAGGCCAUCUGAACCUGAAUCCGCUGCACCAGCAUCAUCACUACCAGCACCAUCAUCACCAGCAGCAUCAUCAUCACCAUCAGCAGCAGCAGCAGCAGCUCCAUGCCCGCCGCCUCUUCGAGUUGAGUUUGCAAUUUGGAGCCGCCGCGGCACCGGGAGCCGUGAGGCAUUUUAAUAGCUUCGGCGGGGCGGGCGGUGCUGGCGGGGAAUAGCAUUCGUCGGCCGCCUGGUUUGGCUAUGAGUCCUCCUAGGAUUCGGCGUCGAACGGGUGGCCGCAGUUCAAGCGGGAGCGGGAAAGGGAGAGGGACAGGGACAGGGAUCGGGACCGGGAGCAGCCCUAGGAUCGUGCAGUCGAACUUUUUCAGCAAGAGAGUAAUUUUUUGAAUUUCUACAAUACAGUUUGGGGAUAUCAUUGAGAUGAUUGUGGGGGUUUCUUAGGGAAACUUAAUUUUAAAAAUUAAUUUACAAGAAAUAUUAUUAAAAGAUAUUUUUAAAGGUUAAUAUUCACUGAAAUACAGAAAGUUUUUAAAGAAAAAAACCAAAUUUACAGUAGGAAAAUCCUUUUAAAUUUUGUAAAGAACUCGAAAGAGAAAAGUUUUUUCGGUAAAAAAUUAUAUACAAAUCUCUUAAAAUCUGAAAUAAUUUAAAAAACAUUUCCGAACCGUUUUAAAAGUCUAAAAACUGUAAGGAAAAUCUUAAAAAUUUCAAAACUGAUACUGAAAAAUAUUUAAAAAUUCAUUAAAAACACCUUAGAUAAACCCGCGUUGAAAAAGUUCGACUGUGUCAUCUAUAGGGAAUAUAGAACUAAGAUUAGGUCUCCGAAGAUGAUGAUGAUGAUGAUAACGUUGAUGAGGUUGAGAGAUCAUCUUUUUUACCAGUGCAUUAAUCUGUGUUAAACUUCAGCUUAAAGAGGAGCAGGGAGCGAUGGGAGUAAGAGGAGGAGGAGGAGGCUGCCAUCCACCAGUUUAGUUUUGUUUUUAAAGUUUGAAAAACUUGCUUAAAUUAAAUCAAUUUAAACUAAAUUAAAUGUAAAACGAAAACGAUUUCCUUUUGUAUAAAGCGAAAUAGAAACACGCAAUUCAAAUCAAACGUGAAACCAAGUGAUGUUGUUUUAACCUAAAAAAACUAAAUGCUAAAAAUUAAAACUAAAACUAAACAAGAAACAAAAACUAGUUAAAAGUGCGACCCAAGUGUUAAAGAAACCAAAAAAUAUGAACAAGUAAAGAGAAAACAAAUUCCUCAGCUGCUCCACCACAAGCAAAAAAGGUAAAAAGUCCACAAAAAUAUUUUUUCGUUCUUUGUCACACUUUGUCGCCGCCGUCUAGAUCAAGUUAAAAAAUUAAAAACACACAAAAAAUAUAUAAGAAAGGCUCAAGAAAAGGCCCCAGUCGGUUCUAGCUAGGGUUUAGGUUCUUAAGCAAGCCGUGUUUAUAUAUAUUAUAUAUAUAUAGCCAGUAGAUUGUACUCUAAAAAAUUUAUAUAUGACAUCAAAAAAACAGAAAACAAACGACGGAGAAAAACCUAGAAUUUAACGCGCGGCGAGAUGAAAAUGGUAUAAGUAAAUAUUAAUGAAAAAAACACCCAAAACAUUCUGUAAAUAAAAACUUACAGUUAAGUCAUAUUUUUUAGCUUUAAAUGCAAUUGUAGAUUUUUUAAAUAAACCCUACGAGAAAAUCAUGAAAAAACACAACUAAAAAAAUCCAACAACAUUUAUAAAAUAUAUAUAUAUAAACUGUAAUUUCUAGGCGGUAAUUUUUAAAGAAUUAGGCACGACGUGAAGAGUUUAGUUACUUAGUACUGUACUUUCUAUUGUAAGCCAAGGAAACGAAUGGUAAAAACCAACAACCACAGAAUAUAGCUAAAUCUUAAAAUUUAAACAAACAAAUAAUCAAAUACAACCACAACAAAUGCUAAA